CCUGCUCUCCACUUUUAAUCAGCAAAGCUUGACUUCAAACUGCAGGUAGAGGUAUCGCUGCUGCCCGGUGCAUCUACAGGAGGAAUACCAGGAGAAGAUUCCGCAUGGGAUUACGUUUGAAAAGCGGACGGGAUUAUAUUACCUCCUCCUCAGGUUGAACAGUAAUUUAAGAACAUCUGGCUGAGCUGCUGAACCAGAGCAUCAUUCAUCAUGAUCAGAUCCAUUACUGUCAUCUUCUGCGCGUUCCUCUUGUCUUGGGCAUGCUGGGCCAAGCCAAAUGGAUCAAAGAGCAAGAAACCAAAGCAAGUUGUUCCAGAUAUAGAGUGUGACGUCAGAGCGGGGAAGGUUACUGUUCCAGAGUUUAUUGCCAGGUGUCCGGCACGCUGUAAAGAAACCAAGCAGCAGGUCUACGGGACGGGCAUCUAUGCCUCCAUCUCCAGCAUCUGCAAUGCAGCCAUCCAUAGUGGGGUCAUCACAAACGCAGGGGGGAAAGUAAUUGUGAGGAAAAUGGCUGGGCAGAACAUCUACAAAGGCAGCAACUCUAACGGGGUGCGAUCCCUGUCACUACCAAAGUGGAGGGAGUCCUUUGUUGUCUCAGUCGGGAAACCAAAGAAAGGAGUCAUUUACCCUUCCACUCUGGACUACGUUACUUCGAGACCAACAUAUGUGAAGACAGGUCAAAAAGACGCCAAAUCAACAACACUGCCGCCAACAACGACAGCCUCUGAAGUCAUCGCAACCACCCCGGAACCAACCACCACCACAACCACAACAACUGCUCCCACUACCACCACCACUACCACUACACCUCCACCACCACCCACCACCACCAAAGCCAGAGCUGCAGUGCAUAAAGUUAGGGAUGCAGGCAGCAGUCAUCCGUACCUUGCUCAUGUGGCCGCCACAAGUUCAAGACAGUCACAGAGCAUCCAAGGGAAAAGUCCCAGCCAAGCGUUCAGAGGUAGCUCCUACCCAAACAGAUAUCCACAUCGUGGCAUUUCAGGUGUGCAUCGACCAGAGGCGGGCUCAGUCAUUAGGAGGCAACCAUCCUCUCCAGCCAGACCAGCUUUUAACAGAGCUCCGCCCGAACGAAAUACACCAACGAUCCAGUCAAACUCUGCUUUCCCACGAAGGGACUGGCCGCCCUCUUCUUAUGGUCGUCCCGAUUGGUUUCCAGGAGCACGACGACCAGCAGCCCCAACAGUUGCUGAUGCAUCAAUGUUCUCUGCUGUACACUCAGAUGUUAGUUAUGCUGUUCCAGACUCAGGAUAUGCCUGGAGUGAGACAGACACACCUGAGAUUCCAGCUCGGGAUCUCAGGCCUGAUAUCUCAGAGUAUGAACGCUGGCUUUAUAGCUUUGGACCAUACCCGCCUCGGUCCUCUGAUUUAGACGGCAGCCAUAAAAUGCCCCUGGAUUUGCCGGAAGCUAAAGUGGAGCCACCAAAUGCCUGGAGACCAGGAGCGACCCCCUAUGAAUCAGGUUUUAGCAUGAGAGAGCAAGAGCCACCACCCAGAGCACCUGAACUCCCUGCAUCACAGGGAGACCCAAACUGUAAGGUCGAUCUUGCGUUCCUGAUGGAUGGCAGCUGGAGCAUCGGGAAGCGCCGUUUUAAGAUUCAGAAAGAUUUUCUGGCGGAGGUGGCUCAGGUCAUCAACGUGGGCAUGGCUGGACCCAUGAUGGGCAUCAUCCAAUACGGUGAUGAACCUGUGACAGAGUUCAGUCUGAGGACCUACUCCAGCUCCAGGGAUGUGAAGGCAGCUGUAGAUAAGAUCGUGCAGAAGGGUGGCUUGUCCAAUGUGGGAAAGGCCCUCUCCUACAUCAACAAGCAGUACUUCAGUGACGCCAAUGGAAACCGAGGAGGCGCUCCUAACGUAGCUGUGGUGCUUGUGGAUGGCUGGCCCACUGAUAAGGUCGAGGAGGCUUCUCGCCUUGCCCGAGAGUCUGGCAUUAACAUCUUCUUCGUCACCAUCGAGGGCGCGGAUGAGAACGAGAAACAAAACCUAGUUGAGGCCAACUUUGUUGAGAAGGCUGUGUGCCGAACAAACGGCUUCUUCUCCCUUCCUGUGAACAGCUGGUUUGCUCUGAGAAAAGCUGUCCAGCCUCUGGUGAAGCGGGUGUGUGACACAGACCGCCUGGUGUGCAGCAAGACUUGCCUCAACGCCAACGACAUCGCCUUCGUGAUCGACGGUUCAAGCAGCGUUGGGACGGGCAACUUCCGCACUGUGCUGCAGUUUGUGGCCAACGUCACACGGGAGUUUGAGAUCUCGGACACAGACACACGAGUGGGAGCUGUGCAGUACACCUAUGAGCAGAGGCUGGAGUUCGCCUUUGGACAAUACAAUAACAAGGCAGAGUUGCUGAACGCCAUCAAGCGCAUUAACUACUGGAGUGGCGGGACCAGCACCGGGGCCGCCAUCACCUUUGCAGCAGACCAGCUCUUUAGCAAAUCCAAACCCAACAAACGUAAGAUCAUGAUCGUUAUCACAGACGGGCGCUCUUAUGAUGACGUCAGGGCACCUGCACUGGCGGUCCAUCGCCAAGGUGUGAUCGCCUACUCCAUCGGCAUUGCCUGGGCCGCCCAGGACGAGCUGGAGUACAUCGCUACAGACCCCGACAAGGAGCACUCCUUCUUUGUGGACGAAUUUGACAACCUCUACAAAUACGUCUCCAAAAUCAUCCACAACAUCUGCCAGGAGUUCAACUCUCAGCCCAGAAACUGAGGUUGUAGGUGUGACGGAGGAGGAAGUGUCAGGAGGAGCAUGUUGGAUCCAGGCCCUCUUCAAAGGAACGUAAACAUUCUCACCCUGCAGGCCCAACAACGGUGUCGCCGGGUGGGAUGCAAAGCCUUUCUGUUAAAUAUUUGAUCACCCUUAGCAGGAUUUGUAAUAUCAUUUUAAAAUUGGUUUCCCUUUGUGGAAACAUUUUUAUCAAGGUUGUGCUGAUGAUAAAACCAGUUUGUUAGCCAGCUUUAUCCAUCCUGAAACCAGUUCUGAAGUCCAAGUUUAAGACGCCUACCCAUUAAAGACCUCACAGGACCACCUUCUUUCUUAGUACCACUGGCUGAAAGACCCCCAUUAACACGCUUGAAUCUAUUCGUUGUGUAGCAACCAUCAAACCAUCAAAUUGUGCAAUUUAUCAUUAUGGAUAUAGAUAUUCUUAAAUGAAAUAAUAACAGCAAUAGCUCCUAAAAUUAUACCAUUUGUCAUCUGAUUGCCAGGUUAUACUAAUGGUUAGCAUCGGUAAACAUUUAACAUGGAUAUCCAGAAGGAGAGCAGCAACACCUGCAUCACUUCUAAGCCUCGUUCUGCUUCUUUAAGAUCUGCUUGAAUCUGAAAAAUGGACCGCAGAGAAGAAGCUGUCAUGGAGUGAUAAG